GUUAUGUGUGGUGGCCCUUGAUGGACAAGGAAAUUAGCGACAGGGUAGGGAAAUGCCAAGCCUGCCAGGAGUCAAGGCCACUACCCCCUACGGCCCCAAUCCGAGAGUGGGAGAAACCCCAGGGGCCAUGGUCUAGGAUUCACAUCGAUUUUGCCGGCCCAUUCCACGGGCAAACCUUUCUAGUGGUAGUAGAUGCCUACUCCAAAUGGCUAGAAAUCAUCCUCAUGAGAUCCACGACGGCCGAGUCAGUGAUCUCAGUCCUGAGGCACCUAUUUGUAACCCAUGGGUUGCCCGACACCCUAGUUUCCGACAACGGCCCGCAAUUCACGGCAACCCAGUUUGAGGGGUACUUGGCGGAGGAGGGCAUCAGACAUGUCCUCUCGGCGCCUUUCCACCCGGCGACGAACGGACUUGCAGAACGUUUCGUUCGGAGCGCAAAAGAAGCAUUAUCCAGGAUAAGGCCAGGCGAUUGGCAAACAAAAAUCGAUACCUUCCUAGCCGUCCAACACAGAACCCCCUGUGUGACAACUGGCCGCAGCCCGGCGGAACUAUUGAUGGGCAGGAAGCUCAGGUGCCCAUUUCAGGAUGCAAAGCAGGAAUCAAGACACAGAGGUUGUGGAUCUGAGGUUGGUGUAGUUGUUCCAGCCACAAAGCAGCUGCUGACAGCUGCUGUAGUAGAGCCUACUCAUAGAUGUUGCUCAGUUGGGGCAUUCACACUUUGGCUUUUUGAGAAACCAAGCAGAGCAUUUCUCCUUGACUCUCCUGUGUUCCCAAGGGAAGAGGAAAAGAAACUUUUCAAGCCUUCAAAUGAACCCAUUUGCUACUGCAGUUGCUACUACUGGGCCAAUGAGAAUUCUGUGACAGGGAUUGAGAAAUUCAGAUCUGAGCCAGAGAAAUACCAUCUGUAA